AUGAGUGCUGGUUUUAACAUUGUGUCAAAGGUCUCCCUGGACAAAGGCAUGAGCCGCUACGUGCUGGUUGUCUAUGGACAUGCUUUUGGAACUUUAGCCACUGCACUUCUUGUUCUUCUCUUUGAAAGCGCUGUAUUAGGACGGACGCUAUAUUAUGCGGGAAUGGAGUAUACUUCACCAGCUUUUGCAUCCGCCAUGGGCAACUUGAUUCCAUCAUUUACCUUUGUCUUGGCACUUCUUUGCCGGAUGGAGAAAUUGGAAAUUUGGAAUGUGAGUUCCCAAGCCAAGAUAGGAGGAACUCUUGUGGCCCUCGCUGGUGCAACGCUGAUGACAAUAUACAAGGGAAUUGUGGUGAUUUCACCCCACACUAGACGUUCACAUGAGCCUGCAGCCACCUCUUCAAGAGCAUUCCUAGAUUGGGAGUGGAUAAAGGGCUCCCUCAUGCUUGCAACUUCAUCCCUUUCAUUCGCAGCGUUCUACAUCCUACAGACUACAACACUUAAGAAGUAUCCAGCGCCUCUUACUAUAACGUGGUUAAUGUGCUUAUCAGGGACUUUGUUGGCAGCAAUCAUGACACUGAUUUUCGAUCACAAAGUCUCUUCAUGGAGGUUGUCAUGGGACAUCUCCCUAAUCGCUCCCAUAUACUGCGGGACUGCUGGGGCUAGGGUUCUGUGUGCAGGGGUUCAGGUGCUUCCCAUGGACUGCCAUCAACUUCUUCCUAAGGACGGCCUUAACGCCACUCCUUCCACCUUCCAGCUCCUCCAAAACUUCGCCAAUCUCCCCAUGGUCGGAAAACCCCUAUACGGCGUCGUUUCCGACGCUGUCUACAUCGGAGGCUCCCAUGAUCAGGGGACUGCUGGGGCUAGGGUUCUGUGUGCAGGGGUUCAGGUUCAGGUGCUUCCCAUGGACUGCCAUCAACUUCUUCCUCAAGGACGGCCUUAA